AAUGAGCUGUGGGGUGUCACAUUAACCUGCGCCAUAUUACCCUCCUUAUGUUUACCAUUUAAUUAAAUAUAAAGUACCCGGUGGCCACAUCAGUGUCGUGUUGCCUCGGCGGUCCAGAGCCGUGGUGACGUCCGGAAGGUGGGAGCUGUUUCUAGACGUGGCCAACGGGCUGCAGCACUGACUUCACUGGGAGCCUGUCAAACACAACCAACACAGCCAACAUGGCGGACUGGGACGCUGAAACCUUCGAGCCGGAGGAGCCGAUUAAAAAGGCGGCAGCACCGUUGGUGGACAAAUGGGAAGGCGAAGACGAAGAUGAAGACGUUAAGGACAAUUGGGAUGAUGAGGAUGAAGAUGAGGAGAAAAAAGCAGAGAUAACAAAAACGGAGACAAAGGUUUCUGAAAAGAAAAAGUUAAUGGAGAAGAUCAAAGAGAAAGAAAACCGGCUAAAGAAAAAACAGCAGGAGCUGAGGAAAGUAAUGGAUGAAAAACAAGAAGAGCUUACGCCAGAAGAACAACUUGCAGAGAAAUUAAGAGUGAAGAAAUUACAGGAGGAUGCAGACUUGGAGCUAGCGAAAGAUGCUUUUGGUGUCAGCAGCACUUCAAACAGUGUCACUGGGAUUGAUGCCAUGUGUCCAUCUUCCAAAGAAGACUUCACAGAGUUUGAAAAAUUGCUGAAAGAAAAGAUUACCCAGUUUGAAAAAUCUGUGCAUUAUUCAAGUUUCUUGGAUUCAUUGUUUCGGGAACUCUGUAUUUCAUUGGAAGUAGAGGACUUGAAGAAAGUCAGUAAUUCCCUUUCAGUCCUACUUAGUGAAAAACAGAAACAGGAAAAACAAAACAAAGGAAAGAAGAAGAAGAAAGGGGUUGUACCUGGAGGCGGGUUGAAAGCACAGAUGAGAGAUGACCUUGACUAUGCAUCAUUUGAUGGUGGCUACGCCCAAGACUAUGAGGAUUUCAUGUGACACUGGCUCCAUCGCAACUGCCCUUUCCUCCUCUCAACCCUCAGAAAUGCAGCUGUACCUUCUCAUGCUGUCCAGUGCCAUCCUGGAAAAUCUGAACUAUGUGUUGCCCCCUUCAUUUUGCUUCAAUGACCAGAGGGACUAUACCAUGAAGCAUCCGGUUUCACCAUCUCUUUAUGUUCAUAAAUAUGGAAUUGCCUUUACUCUGUCUCAUUCAGCCUCGACUCACACACAAAUGAUCAUGUAGUAUCUGUUGGUUGACCCAGCUUCAGUGGAGAAAACAUCAUAACUGCUGUGAUCUGA